AUGGCAUGGGAUUUGUUCUUAUGGAUUAUCUCCUUCGUUAUCAGCUUAGCCCUCGUCGCUUCCGUCUUCUAUCAGGUUAUAUGCUUGACCGAUUUAGAAGCUGAUUACAUGAACCCAUAUGAAACAUCAACUCGUAUCAACCGAUUGGUACUACCUGAGUUUAUCCUCCAAGGCUCACUCUGCAUUCUCUUCCUCCUCACUUGGCAUUGGUUCUUUUUCCUCAUCACUCUCCCUGUUACAUGCUAUCAUGCAAUGUUAUACAAUAAGCGACGACAUCUUAUUGAUGUCACUGAAGUGUUCCGUGGUAUCAACUUUGAAAAGAAGCUCAGGUUUACCAAGCUUGGGUUCUACAUCUUUCUCUUCAUCCUUGUUGUCUUUAGGCUGACUCUCUCGGUGGUGUACAGCUUCACAGAAGAUGAUGAUCUUCAUCAUCUGUUUUGA